CUUCCCAGUCCCAUUCCGGGAGGGCGAAGAGAGCACCGCCAUGAAGCGCCAGCUCCUCGCCAGCCUUGUGCAGCUCCGCCGGCGCGUCUCCGCCUUCCUUCUGCCCUUCAGUGUGUCAGGGAGCUUUUGGGGAAGACUCCAAGCCUCAGCUGUGAGCCACGCUUACAGUACAGAGGCCACCACGAAGUCAGCUGGCCACUAUCCCGUGCCCAAUAAAAAGGAUUUGCCAGCUGAUAUAGCAGAGCAGAUGGAGGAAGCAGAAAGGAAGAAUGGGUUUCUGCCCAAUGUGUUUAAGGUAAUGUCUCAUCGGCCAGCAGAAUUUAGAGCCUUCUUUGAUUAUCACCAUCUUGUCAUGAACAAGGAAACAGGAAACCUCAGCAUGGCUGACAAAGAGCUCAUUGCCGUGGCCACAAGUAUUGUUAACCACACCCCCUACUGCGUAGCUGUACAUAGUGCCUUUCAUCGGAUGUACUCCAAGAAACCAACCUUGGCAGAUCAGGUCAUGGUGAACUGGAGAAAGGCUGACCUAAGUGAUCGGGAACGGGCCAUGCUGGAGUUUGCACUUGCCGUCUGUCGAGCAGAGAACAUCACAGAAGAGCAUUUUCAGAAGCUGGAGGCACACGGAUUUGAUCGAGAAGAUGCCUGGGACAUUGGUGCCAUUUCAGCCUUUUUUGCCAUGGCAAAUCGUAUAGCUCUGCUGACAGAUAUGCAUCCAAAUCCAGAAUAUUACACCAUGGGAAGGAUACCAGAGGAAAAAGAAAAGGGUAAUUCCUCCUAACAAAUCCUUGCGAGGGCUUUGAUCUCCACUGCUGAAUCCCAGCUUGAUCAACUAUUGAGUGGGAAUCACAAGGUCAAAAUCAGCAAGUAUUGGAGACAGUGAGAUGAGUACAUCAUCUUCAAUUGUCUCUUUCACUAAAAUGAAGACAUAGCAAGAUUAGAAUCAGACAUAGCAAGCUGUCUGGCUUCUUCAUAAAUGAUAAUCAGUGAUAUACUGUGAUUAACUACAAGAGUAACACUUGUUUCUACUAUAUGUAAUUGGCCCAGCACAUAACUGUUAUAUGAAAUCUCAUAAGGACCAAAAUUGGGAAUUGAUUUUUAAUCAGAUACUUGAACAUUCAUCCAUUUUAUGUCCUGUACAAAUACCAGAGACUGCCUAGUACAUAUGUGAUUCUUUUUCACACCAACCUUUCUAUUUUCUGGAGAUUUUUAGAUGCAGUUUUAAUCUUGCUGUUUGAUUUAUUCUGCUUUUACACUUUUGUGGUUUUUAUUUUAUUCAUUACAGUUUCACCAUUUUUAAAAUUACCAUGGGAUAUGAUUGAUUGGUUUGAAAAUACUUACCAAAAGUAAGGAUGUAGUCUUUGCUGUAGUGGUCUCCUUGUACAUUUUCCCAGGGGCAUUUCAUUCUACCUGAUCUCAAACCAUAAGGAGAUGAAAGAGUGGCAUCCCAGGGCUUUACUAAAUGACCUUACGGUGCCAUCCAGUGGAACUGUCUGUAGCUCUCCAGGCUCUGAAGAUUAUAGGCAAUUGAUUGAAGGAAGAGAUUGCCUCUGUGCUUCCUGCACUUUCCAAACACCUUCCUUUCAGCCAUCUAAAUGGUUUUCCCUUCCUUCUGAGAAAAGGCUGAUGCUCCACUGGGAUUCCUCAGUAGCCAGUGGUGCCUUGCUCCUUCCUGCCCACCUCACACUGGCUCUGAAAACCGUCAUCCAUCUUCAGAGCCCAUCCACCACAGACUGAUCCACACUGAUUGUAAGAACUGAUUUGAGGGCCCCUCCAGGGUGGAAGUCCCAACUCCAAACGUGUAAGGCAUUCUGCAGAGGUGGGACUCCAAGCUAUCCUAUGGCUCCCAUGGAUGGACACACACACAAAACGUAACAUGUGCAAGGAAAGGUGAUCAAACAACUCCCGUUUUUGCAGCACCCUCUUGCCUUUUAUAAUUGACACUCAUACAAUUCCAAUAUGAAUCGCCAAAAAACAUACUCUCCUCACCCCACUGUCCCCAAAUAAUGCACGUCAAACUUUUGUCAUUGUAUCUCCUUUGAUCCUAGCUUGUUUUAAGGACUCAGGAUAAAGCAUAGAGAACACAUUUGAUCCAUACUUAUUCAUCAACAAGGGCCAAUAGUAUCACUUCCGGUUACGUUGCGGCGAGAUCGGCAGCGAAAACUGGUGCUCCGUAUUUCGCACCGAAAUCCGCUUACCUGGGGGCUUGGAGAAGCCCAAUUCACUGCCCUGGGGGUGGGCGGGCGGUGCAAGAGUACGAGCUGCUUUUGGUGUGUCUCGGGGCGGCGGCCCUCUCACCCGCCAGGGGAAAUCCUCGAUUUCAUGGUGAAGGGGACCAGAGGGGGACUUAAUCCCUCGGUAGCUGUCGGCCCCGGUUAAACAACGGAAAAAUAAGAAAGCUUUUAACUGGACCUUGGAUCUGCUAGGUGAGACCAUAUCUAUUUUAAGAAUUGAACCCUUAAAGGAAAUUCCUGGAAUAAGCAUUAAUUUAGAUAAAAAGCCCUUCAAUGGAGGGGGAGAAUUCCCCCCCACACACACAGACUUUAAGCAGCGACAAAUCUGGGGUGAUUGAGAAAGCUCAACAGUUCAAGAGCUGGGAAAGAAGAACUCUUUUUUAAUUUCCCCAAGAGCGAAGAAUUAGAUCUGAAAUCUACUGUAAAUCAAUUUAAAGAAAAAGUCCGUCGUUUCUCUUUGUUUACAUUCCUUUCUGGGGCUUUCAUGGCAAUCUGACCAUUUCCGGCCAUUGUAUAUGAAAAUCGAAGAUACACGCUGUCAUAAGCAGUCCUUUGCUGCCAUCCUGAGGUCAUUUUGCCUUACAACAGGCUCUUUCAAUAAAACUUUGAACUUCAACUUUAAGUCUCUGGACAGUACGGUUAGAACCGUCUUGGAUGUGCCACUCCUUUUAUCCGCUAAAAUAACUAGUAGGGGUCUGAAUCAUUAUUUUUAAUAAUGAGUCCACCUGUAUCUGCUAGUCAAAGUCCAUCUCAAUCAAAACCAUCGGAUCUGAUGACUCAACAGGAAAAAUUCCACAAGGAGAUACUGACAACACUUAUAACAUUUCAAGAGUCAAUUCAAGAGUCUAUUGUUCUGGCUUCAAAACAAAAGAAAGUGACCUCAGAACAAAAUAAGAAAUUGGAGAAGAUGACUUUAGACCAAAAUGAAAGUUUGGAGAAGCUGGAUAGUCAUAUUCCAGCUAUAAAUACUCAAUUUGCAGAUAUUCAACUUCAAAAAGUACAGAAUGAACAAAAAAAAAGAGGUGGAAAAUAAGACUGAUAAUAUUGAUAGGAAGACCGAAGUGGUGAGUAAGAAGAUACAACAUUUAAUGCAAAUAAAUAAGACACUAGGGGACUCAGUGGCUAUAUUGGAGAUGGAUAAGGCAUCUAACUACUUCAGACUACAGAAUGUACUAGAGACAAAAAAUGAAGACUUAAAUGACCUAAUAAAUACAAUGCUAGCUGAUGCUCUUGGCAUUGAAAAGAAAGAGAUUGCUAAAGAUAUUGAUUUGGUCUAUAGAGCAAACUCAGGCUACGUGAGAAGACAUAAACUUCCCAGAGAAGUCCAUAUUAAAUUUACAAAAAGGUCUACAAGAGAUGAAAUUCACAAAAUUAUACGAGACUGGCCAUAAAGAUGCCAGCAAAAUGAAAUAAUUGCUUUGAAGCAAAUACCCUGGAGAAUCAGAGAAGGACAGAAGAAAUACCAAUUCCUUACCUCAAAGCUGACGGCAAAAGGAAUUAUGUUUAGAUGACUGAUAGCAGAAGGGAUACUCUUUAACUGGAAUUCCAGAAGAUUCAGAUUAGAUUCAAUCUUUAAGGCUCAAGAAUUUUAUGAAAGCUUUAAAAGUGCAUUUGAAGAUGAAGAUUGAACUGAAGAAAAGAAGAAAAAAAUGGAGAGGUGGAGGCUGCAAUUCACUUGCAGAUGAAGAAGAAACAGCAAUUUUAGAACAAAGAUGAACAGCUAUCAAAACAAAGAGAAAAGUUAGAAAUGUGAAACCUAAAUAUAAAUAGGUAUAUACAUUAUAUAAAUACGGAUUUUAAAAUGGAAGGAAGAAUUGAAUUACUCUCAGUAAACAUAAAUGGACUAAACUCUCCUCCUAAGAAUUUUUGAAAAAGAAUUUUUUCUCAACUUCAAAAAUUGAAACUAGACAUAAUUUGCCUACAAGAGACGCAUAUAAAAAAAACCACCAUAAACUUCUGGAACACACCAAACUUGGUAAGGUAUUUAUAUCUUCGGCCCAUCAAAAGAAAAGUGGUUUGGCCUUAUAUAUUAAAGAAAAUCUGGAUCCUAAACAUAUUUUUUUCAGAUGAAGAUGGUAGAAUUCUAAUGGUCGAGGUGACAAUAAAACAAAAGAAGGUGCUGGUCUUGGUGGCAGUCUAUGCACCUAGCGACCAACAGGAAACUUUUUACCAAAAAUUACAUACUUUACUUAGGCAAACUAAAUACCAAACCCUUUGCUUAAUGGAAGAUUUUCACGCAAUUGUUGAUUUUAAAAAAUGGACUAUAAGAGCGGCAAUAAAGGAGAAAGAGGAAGAAGAAUACUUCCAAAAUCUUUUUUUUAACUUACUAGAGGAAUUUAGACUUAUAGAUGCUUGGAGACACAAAAAUACAACUACAAUCAAACACAAUUUUUAUUCGAAUAGACAUAGGUCAUGGUCCAGAAUCGAUAUGAUCUGGAUGACUCCAGACCUAAUUCCAGAUUUGCUAGAAAUUGAAAUAGACACAAAUGUGUGGGCUGAUCAUAAUCCCAUAACCAAGGCCUUGAAAGGAAUACCAAAGCUGCCCAGAUGGACAUUUAAUAAAUACUUAUUAAAAGAUAAAAACUUCAAAGAAGAAAUAACAAGGGAAUUAAAAAUUUUCUUUCAAGAAAAUAAAGUAGAAGAAACCUCUUCACAAAAUGUCUGGGAUACAGCUAAAGCCUAUGUUAGAGGACUGAUCAUAACCUAUACAGCAAAAGCAAAUGAAAAAACAGGAAUGGCUUAAACUAAUGGAUGAGCUGAUGAAGUUGGAACAGGAACUACAAAAGGAUCCUUCAAAAAAAGAUCUUAAGAUACAGAUGAAUAUCUUAAAACAUAAACUGAAUCUUUUAGAAACAAAUGAAUAAACUAAGCAAGUUAAAAUGGCUAAACAGAAUGUCUUUGAAAAUGCUAAUAAACCUGGAGGAUGGCUAGCUUAUAAAUUAAAGGAAGAAAGAGAAAAGAGAUUAAUUUUUAAGUUGAAAGACAGAGAAGGACAACUACAAGUACAAAGUGCACCCAUAAGGAAAAUAGUUGAAGAUUUUUUUGCAAAACAAUAUCAAGCCAAAGAA